CAGCAAGCACUGCAGACGCCAAGGAAGGGCGGGGGCUACAUAGCAAGCUCCUUCUCUGCGAACCGAGCGAGAGCAGCUGUAGCCUUAGCCUACACUCUACAGCUAGAGCAACGACCAUCCACCUGAAAGAGAGUGUGUCGCAACUUGCAAAUCGCCACCAUAUGCAAUGCAUAUUAGGAUUUCUGGGUGUAUCACCGGUAUGCAAGGGAGAAGGCAUUGGGGGUUCUUGAAGUGCAGUGCAGGUCCAGGCAGCUAGCAGUGACCGAGAGUGAGGGACAGGGCAAUGGCGUCCUCACUGCUCCACUGCCCCGACAAGCUCCCGUUCUUGGACGUGGAGGCCAUCCUCCACAUGAAAGAGGGGCUCGGCGAGACCAGCUACGCGCAGAACUCCUCGCUUCAGAAGCGAGGCAUGGACACGCUGAGGAGCCUCAUCACCAGCACCGCGACGGACGUGUACGUCUCGCAGAUGCCGGAGCGGUUCACGGUGGCCGACCUCGGCUGCUCCUCGGGGCCCAACGCGCUGUGCCUGGCGGAGGACAUCGUGGGGAGCAUCGGCAGGGCGUGCGGCCGGUCGUCGCGGCCGCCGCCCGAGUUCUCGGUGCUGCUCAACGACCUGCCCACCAACGACUUCAACACCAUCUUCUUCAGCCUGCCGGAGUUCGCCGACCGGCUCGAGGCCGCGGCCAGGACGGACGAGUGGGGCCGGCCGAUGGUGUUCCUGUCCGGGGUCCCGGGCUCGUUCUACGGGCGGCUGUUCCCCAGGACGAGCGUGCACUUCAUCUGCUCCUGCUCCAGCCUGCACUGGCUCUCCCAGGUCCCUCCGGGGCUCUUCGACGAGACGGACAACAGGCCGGUGAACAAGGGGAAGAUGUACAUCUCGAGCACCAGCCCCGCGGCCGUGCCGCUGGCCUACCUGAGGCAGUUCCGGAGAGACUUCGGCGUGUUCCUCAGGUCGCGCGCGGCCGAGGUCGUCCCCGGCGGCCGGAUGGUCCUCGCCAUGCUUGGCCGGCAGACCGAAGGCUACGUCGACCGGCGGACGACCUUCCUCUGGGAGCUCCUCUCCGAGUCGUUCGCGGCGCUUGUGUCGCAGGGGCUGGUCGAACAGGAGAAGGUGGACGCGUACAACGUGCCGUUCUACGCGCCGUCGGUACGUGAGGUGGAGGAGGAGGUGCGGCGGGAGGGCUCGUUCCGGCUGGACCACGUGCAGACGUACGAGAUCAACCUGAGUAGCAGCGGCGACGCCAAGGAGGACGGCCGGACGGUGUCCAUGGCCAUCAGGGCCAUCCAGGAAUCCAUGCUCAGCCACCACUUCGGCACCGACAUCGUGGACGCGCUGUUCCACAGGUACACGGAGCUGGUCACCGAGUCCAUGGAGCGAGAGGACGUCAAGAGCGUGCAGAUCGGGGUGGUUCUCACAAGGUUGUGACUUGUCACCCACCACAGGACUUUAACAUGCUUGGCAGCCUACUGCUGCGUUGCAUUUGCAUGACCCUGUUCUUAAUUCCCCGUGUGCCGUGUGUUUGUUCAUCACUACUAGCACCGAGUAACAAAAUUCAUGUGUAUCUAGCUAACUGAUAGGAUUGGGAGGAUGCGAGUCAAUUAACAAGUGUAUUUGAAUGUGUCAAUGGUAAAACAUACCUUUCUAUCUGU